AUGGGUUUCAGAGUCUUCAACUUGUAUGAGGUUAAACAGUUUGACAGAUAUUCCCGGCAUAUGCCUCUGGGGGAAGUGAGAAUAGCUCUGAAUGCACUUAAUACUUCCAGAAAGAUCGAAUUCUGUGAAGAAUUACAGAAGGCGACAAAGGACACAGUCGGAGAAGUUCUUGUGUCACUGAAGUGUCUUCCGAUCUCUCAGAAGAUAGAGGUUGGGCUACUGAAAGUGAAAACUGCCUUCUUGUACAACAGUCCAGAGAAACGUAUAUAUGCAAGGAUCGAUGUCUUCUGCAAUCUCCAUAAGCAGAAGCAUCAGAAAUCCAAGCCCAAGACCCUCACAUCAAUUACUGUCUUCAAUGAAACAUUCCUGUUCCACCUGCCUCAGCCUAUAGUUUGGGAUUGUGCUCUCCUCAUUUCCAUUUAUGAGCUGCGUCCCAGAAGCAAGCAGCUUGUAGGACAGGCUGUGCUGGGGAAACGAGGACCCAACGAUAUGAAUGACCACUGGCAUCGCAUGGCACAGUCCAUCCAGCACCCUGUAGCUAAGUGGCACCCUUUGCUCAUUUAA